UUGAAAUAUCGCUCAUAUUCAUCACACAAUAGUCAACCACAUUAAAUUGUAAAAAUUCUUUAAGCUUUUUCGGUUUUCUUUUAUUUUGUUUAAUAUUUAAAAACCCGAUUUUAUAACUGCAGUGAUAAAAUAAGUAUCGUAUUAACCGCUCUUUCAAUUGUUGGUAAACAAAAACAUAUAAUUUGCAUAAAUCACAAGACUAGACAACAUGUAGAUAUGCAUUAACUGUUGGUAAAAAAAAAUCUAAAAGCUAUAUUACUUAUACCACUCUACAUAUUACUUACAGGUUAACUGUCUAUAGAUUUUGUUUCAACAAUCAAAAUAUUGAACGUAAUCGUUUAUAAAAACGUGAGAACGAUCGAUGGACGUGGAACUUGCCGACUUAGAGUCUGCUUACCAAGACGCGAACGUCGUUAUCGCGAAACCGACAACAGAAAACGGGAAAGAAGUGAUUGCACGUGUCAACAACCAUGUGCGAUGUAGCGACGACGACAUAACGCCGUCCGAAGCUCAAACAGACAUCAAGCCCAACCUAAAAGGGGACAGGCUCAAUGUGGCCCUACUUGUGCUGCUAUACAUGUUACAAGGUGUACCGAUAGGGAUUUCAUUUGCCAUUAGGACGUACAUGCAGAACAUGAACGUCUCAUAUGUUCAGCAGGCAAAGUUCGGUGUAGUCGAUAUACCGUGGAGUUUAAAGCUAUUGUGGGCUCCGUUGGUAGACGUCAUGUACUCGCGUCGUGUGGGCAAACGGAAGACAUGGCUAGUCCCAGGAGAAUGUUGUAUAGGACUGUUGCUGAUAUCCGUGGCGUCGAACGUAAAAUGGCUGAUGGAGGACGAGACGCGUACGAUCACGUUGACGUGCGCGUUCUUUUGUGUGAACGCUUUAGCCGCAACUAAUGACAUCGCCGUCGACGGAUGGACGCUCACUUUGUUAAGGAGGGAGAACCUAAGAUACGCAUCAACGUGCAAUACGUCUGGUCAAGCAUUGGGAGUAGCAUUCGGCUACGUAUUGUUCAUAUUGUUAGAGUCUGAGAAAUUUUGCAACAAGUGGCUACGUUCCACAGCCCAAAAAGGUGGCAUGAUUUCAAUGGAAGGAUAUUUAUUAUUUUGGGGAAUAACAUACACUAUGGUCUCCGCAUCUAUCGCCAUAUUCGUAAAAGAGAGAUGUAAUCAAGUCGAUAAAAUCAGCAAAAUCGACGUCAAGCAAAUGUAUAAACUGUUAUGGAAAAUCAUAAAUCUUCGGACAAUGAAAAUAUUUACCGCAGUUAUGCUGGCAUAUGAAUUCUCGUUUUCGUCCUUGGGGACAUCCGUGUCGAAUCCAAAAUUUAUGGAAUACGGCAUGACAAAAGAAUCCAUCGCCUUGAUCGAUCUGUCGUUGAUUCCAAUAAAGAUUUUUAUUCCUAUUUUUAUAGCCAAAUAUACGUCUGGGCCGAGACCGUUGAAAAUACUUUACAAGACGGUGCCAUAUUGGUUGGUGUUGGGAAUUUCCUCGGGAGUCCUCGUAUACUAUACACCGAACUUUAUGAACGGCGAGUACAGUGAUUGGUCGAAUUACUAUUUCGUGAUUUUCGAAUUCCUUCGUAUUUUGAGACUGGUGUUGUUAGUUGCCGUUUACCUAAGCGUGAGAUCGUUUUUCCUACGGAUCAGCGACCCUAGGAUCGGUGGUACUUACAUGUCACUAAUGAAUACUGUAUGGUACUUUGGAAUGGCUAUAUCCCGGAUUGUGGCUCUGGGACUGCUCGACAUGCUGACGGUGGAACGGUGUUCGACGCACCGAGAAAUCGAGUGUCUUUCGAAAACGGCAAAUAAAGAUUGCGAGAAGCUCGUUGGAAAUGAAUGUGUCAUCGUUAUGGACGGUUUCUUUGUCGAGGUGCUAUUUUGCACGGUUUCCGGUGUGGUGUGGUACCUGUCCUUGAAAAAAAUCCUUGAGAACUUACAGUCCAAACAAACGAGCGAUUGGCAAGUCAACGACGACGGACUGAUCCACGGCGUGCUACAGGGAUAACGAUCACGUUGCUUGCAACUUGCCAGACUUAUUAAAAAGGUUGCCCUGAUAAGAACCGUCUGCAGCCAUGUAUCACCAACUCUGUUAGCGUGUUCGCGGGGCCACUAUUCCAGCAAUCGUUAAAUCAUUUUAAAUUGUUUUUAUAUGUUUUUUUUUACAUAAAAACUUAUUUCGAACUAUAUUUGUCAUAACGGCGAGGGUUCGACAGGUAUAUUACUAAUUUAUAUACAAAAUGAAACCUAAACAGUGUGUAUCAAUAAUCUUCCUAAGUAUAUGUAUAUUGUAUGCUACAUAAUUUUAAUUAAAUAAACAACUAUA